AUGGAAUUAGUGUCUGUUGGCGUAGUGAGCGGCCGCCAAACACACUGCGCAUGUGUAACCCACGUAGCAGCGAAGACGAGACAAGAUGGCCGCUGCUCGGUGGAAACUCAGCCCGAGAUCAGGAUGUCUCAGCCUGCAGCUCCAUGGAAUGCAGACAACUUUGGUACACCUUCAGGCAGCAUUGGAACUAUAAAACUAUAUAAUCCUGCUGAUUUUCAGAAUAAUACUGUCCCUGGGAUCCAUCCAUUCCCAGUUGGUGGCUUAACGAUCACAGAACAGCCAGGGAAGACCUGUGAUACUGGCCAGCAGCCGACUCCAGCUACAACUGUAUUCCAAUCUUAUAAUCCUAGCACUGGUCAGCCGACCAACCAAGUUCCACCUGACAAAGAAUCCAGUGGUCAGUUUAACCAGUCUCAGACAAAUGCAACUAUGAAUGGGUCAUGGGGCUGGGAUCCCUCUUGGGGAGAACAUUCAAGUUCUUGGUUUGGUGCUAAUUCUUCCAACCAAAGCACAGAUGGAGAUACCAGUUUUGGCAGUAGAUUCGACAAGCAGAAUAUGCAGGGACCUUCCAUACACUACUUUGAUCAGAAUCAGAACUUGCCUCAGAAUACCUCCACGGGUCAAGAUUGGUCGACCGUGCACUCCCAACAGCAGCCACAAAUGCAGCAACAGUCACAACAACAGAUGCUACCACCACAGCAGUUAUCACAAGAAGGAAACCCAAAUUCUUCUCAGAAUGCUCCUUUGCCUCCCACUAAUGUACCUCAGUAUUUGGAAGUAGCUACCUCAUCUGCACAACCUUAUUCUCAGUCAGGAUAUCAGGUCUUCAAUGAUUAUCUGUCACCUAUGUCCGUCUCCACACCUAGCAUGGGUGCACCUUCUUCACUUUCUUCACCAUCAACUGGUCAGAUGUCACUGCCUUCUGACCAGCAAUUUGGACAGGCUAAUCCAAAUCCACCAUCUCUCAACUGGCCAGAGGUACCAAUAGAUUCGGAUCUCAGCAAACUUAGUGACCACCGUAAUGAACCUUCUUUGCCACCAUCUAACUCUGGUCAACUUGUGAAUAUGGGUUCCCAGCCAAAUGCAAGCAACUAUUUUAGUUCUCAGGGAGCCUCUGAACAAUUUCUUUGGCAUCCUACAAAGUCAGGUGAAGAGAAUUCUGGUCAGUUUUCACUUGGUACUCCGGCAUCAUUGUCCAUGUCUUCUGCAGGGCCCGUGGCCAUGUCUUCUGCAGGGCCCGUGGCCAUGUCUUCUGCAGGGCCCGUGGCCAUGUCUUCUGCAGGGACCAUGGCCAUGUCUUCUGCAGGGACCAUGGCCAUGUCAGCUGCAGGAACUGUAUCAGUGUCGGGUUCCAUUCCUACAUCUAACUUGUCUCAGCAGCCAGCAUGGUCAGAUGUGUCUCAUAAACAAAAUGUAAGAGAUAGAAGUAUACAACAUUUCCAACCAUAUCACACAAACCUGCAAACAACAGAACCAUAUUUGGGGCAAAAUCCUCCUUUUCUUGAAGGGAAUUCAACUGACAAUACAAACAAUACAAGUUCUGGGACCAUUCCUAUGGACACAAUCACCCAGAGUUUCUCACAAGCUAGUAUAUCAGAAAGUACCAUAGCAAAAAGUAUACCAAGUGGUAUCUCUAAUAUUAGCCAAAAGCUUUCUGACAUUUCAUUAGGUAAUAACUUUACAUCUGAUUCAUCUAAAAUGGCUGAGGUAACUGGUUUACAGUUGCAUCAACAUAACCCUCAGCAAGAAAAUGAGAGUCCCCGAUUUCCUUCUGGUACCUCUGUAGAUAACACCAUUAAGCAUGGUUCAGUUGUGGGUGAUUGGGAAGUUGUUCCCAAUUCUGAUCCUGGCCAACAUAGCCGACAAAGUUCUUUGGGAAACGCACAAUUCUUAGAGGGAUCUAAUCAGAACAUGGUUGCCCUUAAAACAUCUACCAUGGUCAGCUCUAGUCAACCCCUUCCUGUUAACCAGGCUAUUUUUGAUAGCUUUAAUAUAGCAAAUUUGGAACCCAAUGUCCAGCCUUCCUUGCCUCUUUCAAAGCCGUCCUCAUCUGGUCAGCCUUUGUCUGUAGCACCACAAAUUCCAUCUCAGAUGCUACCCCAAUCAACUGAUGUUCCGUCAGAGGUUGGUAGCCAGCAUGAGGCUGAAGUGGUCACUAAUUUAUCCCCAGGAGCUAAUAGUAACACACAAAAGCAAAACACAUCAAAGCUGCCUUCUGUAGAGGCCACACCUAAUGCUAAUGCGGCCAUUAUAGACUCCUUUACAGUAAAAACACCCCAAAGUAAUGACAGUGUGCAAGUGCUUCCAACAUCUCUUAGUGGGUUAGGGACCCCAAAAUUAGAUGGUAACAUUCUACUUAAUGAGCACAAGUUGAAUGUUUAUGCCAGUGAAAUUCAGCCAAGAGAUUCUAGCCCCUUUCAGCCACCACCUCCUCGGCAAGGUUCUGUGGAGGGUGUUCACCCUCAGAGUACCUCACGGAGUAGCACCCAUGAGAGUGGCCAUGCAUCACAGACAUCAAGAAAUAGCAGCCAAAUCUGUUCUGCUUCUUCUGAUGGUGGCAGGUCAUCUUGUGGGAGCCAGUCUAGUGGUACACGGCCACCACCAACUUUGUCUAGACAGAGCUCCCAUGAUAGCACACGGUCACUUGGAUCCAAUGCAGGGAGCAGGUCAGGUAUGAAGCAAAUCAAAGAGCAGGCUGGAGAUGCUAAGAUUCAACCACCUUUGCCAUCUGGUAACAAGGGCAUUUCUCGGCAUGACCAGACAUCUGCAGCCAUUAGAGCCACCGCUGUUGCAGAGGCUCGUGUACAAGAAUGCAUGUCUCCUAUGACAACCCUGUGGGAUAACCCCCAGAUCUCAGUUAGUGGCAUACAUUUGAUCCCUAGUUUACCAAUCCCGUCUUUGGUUGGGGCUGAAUCUGUUACCAAUCAACCAGUUAACAUUGUGACAUCAAAGUCCACUGCUGUAGAGAGCAAGCCAAAGAUUGAGAACCCUAAAAACCAAUCUCAGUUGUCUGAACGUUCAAGCAGUUCUCAGCCAUUGACUUCCACUCCAAAUUCAUCUACUGCCAUAACAUCUAACUCACAUGAAAGCUCUCCUAUCAAACCAGAACAAAAAAGCCCCACUCAUAGCCUUGAAGAUACUUCUAUGUCAGAAAGGGAUUAUGACCAUUAUGAUCGGGAUUAUCGUUCUCGAUAUCGUUCUUUGGAUCCCAAGGACCCUCGAUAUGAUCCUUACUAUGAUCGGCCUCCUAGUCGCCUGGACUAUGAACGCUACUUGGAAUACCAGUAUUACAGGGAUGAAGCCUAUGAUAGACCACGUUCACGGCAAGAUGACUCAGAUGCAAAAUCUGAACGCCCCUUGUCACGAGCAGAAUACACUCGUUAUGCCAAAGACUAUUACAAGCAUAAAGAUAUCUAUCCAGAUUAUGAUCCUGAUUACUAUUCACGGAGUGCAGCUUACUAUAACUAUUAUCGGGAUCGAUACACGAGACCUGGCUAUUAUGAUGAUGUGGACAGCUGGUACUAUCAUGACAGAGCAAGACGAUAUCAUCGACCGUGUUAUUUGCCAUCAUAUUCUCAGUAUGAGGAAUAUUAUGGUGCUGGUGCCUUUGAUGGCUAUGAUAACGCUAGCCACACAAGUCGGGAACAGUCACGUGCACAGACCCCAGCAAUGGAAAGUGUACCAUCCACUAUUCCUCCCCACUAUUUACACAGAGAUGCAGCCGCUGCCUAUGAACAAGGGCAAGACAUGUAUGACUAUUACUACAGCCGGGGUUAUUAUGGUAAUGAAGAUUGGUCAACACAUGAUGAAAAGCUGAUGGAAUAUUACAACCAAGGUCGAAUGACUCCUGCCAAAUUCUUUACACCCCACACUUGUGCUGCUUUUGGUCCUGGUGGACGCCUCAUUCAUGUGUUACCUAAUCGGCCAGCAGAUGGACAGCCAGCCACUGUGGAAAUAAUCAACGUUGAAGAUAUUUUGUCUGAUCAGAAGGAGGCCGAAGAGUUCCAUAAUUUUCCAGGACCUUUGAUCAGGGGUGAAACUCACAAAAAUGAUGUCCUCGUGUUUUGCCAGAACAAAGCAAAGCAGUACAGUGAAAAUGUGGAUGUCAUUGAUAGAGAAUCAGCAGCAUUGUUGUGGAGGUUUCUUGAGCUUCUCAUUAAGCAGAACGGGACAAUUGUGGGGACUGAUAUAGCAGAUCUGCUCCUAGAGGGUCAUCAGCCAUUAACAGCUGACUAUUUAGAAGGAGCAAACAAGGUUGAUGAUGAAUUUGAUACAACUCGACCUCCUUCAGCCCAGGGUAGUGAUACUGGCACAGUAACCAUUGCAGACAAAGCCAUUGUCAACAAAUCAACAACAGCAACUCUCAAUGAGCGUACAGAUCGCUUCCGACACCUUUUACUCUAUGGCAUGAAAAAGGAUGCUUUACGCUGGGCAAUGAAGAACAACCUUUGGGGACAUGCUUUGUUUUUGGCCAGUAAGAUGGACAACAGGACCCAUGCUGAUAUCAUGACACGAUUUGCUAACAGUGCAAUUCAAAUGAAUGAUCCCUUGCAAACGUUGUACCAGUUGAUGUCUGGACGUCAACCAGCCUCAGUUACUAGUUUGUGUGAUGAUAACUGGGGAGAUUGGCGACCCCAUCUCGCCAUGAUAUUGUCAAACCAUUCCAGUAGACCAGAGUUGGACAAGAAGAGCAUUACAACUCUUGGAGACACUUUAGCUUCCAAAGGUUGUCUCCAUGCCAGCCAUUUUUGUUACUUGAUGGCACAAGUAAACUUUGGUACAUACAGUAAGAAGAGUUCAAAACUUGUAUUGAUUGGAUCAUCCCACAGUUUAUCAUUGAAUGAGUUUGCCACCAAUGAAGCAAUACAGUGUACAGAGAUAUUUGAAUAUGCCCAGUUGCUUGGAAACUCUAUGUACUUAAUGCCUUCUUUUCAACCUUACAAGUUGUUGUAUGCCUGUCGCCUUGCAGAUUAUGGACUGACUCAUGAGGCAUUGCACUAUUGUGAAGUGAUAGCCUCUACUGUGAUACAAAACCCAGUCUACUAUCAAUAUACUGUUGUGAAGGUGCUUGCUGAUAUCUCUAACCGCCUGAAAUGCUACGACCCUCAGCAUUUGCAGAUGGGAGAUAUGACUGACCCUAUGUGGCUACAGCAGCUGAGUAAUGUGUGCCAGAGUUUUGAGGAUGGUUCGAUACAGCCUCUUUCUGGAAGUGUCACUCCUUUGGGACCUCAUGUCACAGCUAACAGUAGUGAAAGUGGUGAGAUAGCUGCCUACUUGAAUCAUACCCAGGAUUCCUUGCUACCAAGAUAUCCCCAACAGAUGCCAGUUGGUGGUCCAUAUGUGCAGAACUCUCAACUGAUGUCGAGUUAUACUCAAGAUGCUUACCAACAACAAUAUCAGCAUCAAACAACUUUCUAUGACAAUUUAGGGCAACCACAACAGCAGCAACAGCAGCAGCAGCAACAGCAGCAGCAGCAGCAGGGGUAUGGUGAAAAUUUGGAAUAUGCUUACAACACUCAACAGCAACAGCAGCCUCAGAUUGAAGCAGUUCCUGACCCCUCAUACACCUAUCAAUCCCAAGGCAUUUCUCAGUCAGAUUCAGCCACAUACACUUCUCAGGAUCUUAGUCAAAAAAAUGCAACUGGUGGAGUCUCAGUGAAGCAGCAGCAGCAGAUGAUGGCACCUCCUCCCAUGACACAGUCUUGGCAGCCACAAGAGCCAUCCCAGAUGGGUAACCAUGAUCAGAUAUUGUCUACCAAUCCAGAAGACGAAGAGACGGCAGAAGACUCACUGACAAGACGUGCAUCUGCAUCCAGUAUCAUCACAUCUACAACAGCCACAACAAUUGAUAGCAACCAGACUAUGGCUACCAGUGGAGGAUUUGACUACUUUGAAGCAAGUACGCGAAAGACUAUCAUUCCACCAACACGGUAUGGUGUUAACCGGCAACGGACAUUGUCAGAAAGCAGUAAUGCAAGCACAGGAAGUGUAAAGAAAGCUCCAUCACAAUCAUCAAAAAAAACAGAAGUGGCAAAACAGAAGCCAGCUGACCAGAAAAGCUGGUGGAAUAUAUUUUCCAACUUUGGUGGCCAACGGAAAAAAGACAUGAUACUGCCUGAUGAUAAAAAUCCUUCUAUUGUAUGGGAUCCUGACAGACAAAGGUGGAUCAACAGAGAAGAGGAGGAUGAACCUGAUACUCCUAAUGUGCCUCCGCCUAAAGACAUAGAACUGAAAUCAACUCCUGCAGUGUCUGGACCCCCACCACCUAAUGGCAACUUGUUCUCCCGACCUCGGGCAAGAGUUUCUUCUUUUGCCUCUUUUCUUCUUUUGCCUCUUUUCCUUCUUUUGCCUCUUUUCCUUCUUUUGCCUCUUUUCCUUCUUUUCCUUCUUUUCCUUCUUUUCCUUCUUUUCUUCUUUUCCUUCUUUUUCUUCUUUUUCUUCUUUUCUUCUUUUUCUUCUUUUGCCUCUUUUCCUUCUUUUGCCUCUUUUCCUUCUUUUGCCUCUUUUCCUUCUUUUCCUUCUUUUUCUUCUUUUUCUUCUUUUCCUUCUUUUCCUUCUUUUCCUUCUUUUUCUUCUUUUCCUUCUUUUUCUUCUUUUCCUUCUUUUCCUUCUUUUUCUUCUUUUUCUUCUUUUCCUUCUUUUUCUUCUUUUCCUUCUUUUCCUUCUUUUUCUUCUUUUCCUUUUCUUUCCUUCUUUUCCUUUUUUUUCCUUCUUUUCCUUUUCUUUCCUUCUUUUCCUUUUCUUUCCUUCUUUUCCUUUUCUUUCCUUUUUUUCUUCUCUUUUCCUCUUUUCCUUCUUUUCCUUUUCUUUCCUUCUUUUCCUUUUCUUUCUUUCUUUUCCUUUUCUUUCCUUUUCCUCUUCUUUUCCUUUUCUUUUCCUUCUUUUCCUCUUCUUUUCCUUUUCUUUUCCUUCUUUUCUUUUCCUUCUUUUCUUUUCCUUCUUUUCUUUUCCUUUUUUUCUUUUUCUUCUUUUUUUUCUUUUUCUUUUUUCUUUUUUUUCUUCUUUUUUCUUUUUUUUUUUUCUUCUUUUUUUCUUCUUUUUUUCUUCUAA